AUGGGAGGCUUGUCGCUAAAAGUCACCAACCGGUCACGGAAGGGCCUCAAGGGACUUCCCCCCUCGGUUGAGCUGACCGAAGAUGCUACCGUUGAAGACGCAAAGAAGGCUAUUGCGUGUGCCGCUAGGGUCUCGGACUUCAACCGCAUUGGCAUCUUUGACCCUGUCUCUAAGAAAACUAUUAAGGACAGGACUGCUCUGCUACGAGAACAGUCCGAAGUCGUGAAGCAUGGGGAACUGCUCGUCAAGGACCUUGGUGCCCAGAUUAGCUGGCGACUUGUCUACGUGAUCGAGUACCUCGGACCUCUACUUUUCCACCCUCUCUUCUUAGGCCUGCGAAACCACUUAUACCCUGCCGUAUACCCUCUGCUCAAGAACCAUCUUCCCUACGGAAUCCGGUCCGAUGGGGAGCUCUCGUUCGCGCAGCAGGCCGCCUUCGCCAUGAUCACGGCGCACUUCGUCAAGCGCGAGCUCGAGACCUUAUUCCUGCACAAGUUCUCCGCCAACACUAUGCCCUUCGCCUACGUCUUCCGCAACUCCUUCUUCUACUGGACUUUCGCCGGUCUUCUCGGCGCCCUCGAGAUCUACGCGCCCUUCUCACCCGCUGCUCUCUCGCCUGACGUCCCGACCCCCCUUACCUACCUCGGAAUCGCCCUCUAUUUUAUCGGUGAAAUUGGUAACUUCGACGUUCACUACUACCUGGCGCACCUGCGUAAGCCGGGCGAGACAGCAAGGAAAAUCCCUAGCGGCCACAGCUUUAGCCUUGUGACUUGUCCCAACUAUAUGUUUGAGAUCAUAGCUUGGAUCGGUAUCAUUCUGGUUACCCGCAGCCCGUCCCUGCUGCUUUUCAUCUUUAUCGGCUCCUAUUUCAUGUACACCUGGGCAUGGGGCAAGGAGAAGGCCUACCGUAAGCAGUUUGGCGACAAGUAUAAGAAGAAGCGCAGCGUCAUUCUCCCGGGCCUUCUAUAA